GAAAAGCUGGUAACAAAUUAAUUAAGCAGCCGUGAAUCUGUGAGGGUGAAGAAGUGUAGCAGCAAACUACAAACACAGCUUUCAAUGUGAUUUCAAGUUUGGAAAAAACAAUGCGAGGAUGUGAAUUGAGUCAAUUUACAACAGGGAUUCCUUGCCUCCCCCGGAUGAUGUCUCGCAGUUGCAACAGGAUUUGGAGCUACACACUACAACAAAGGUUUGACCCUGUUGCUUACCUUUCUGUACCUCUUCUCCUCACACCUAACACGAGACCCACUUUUCAUUUCCCUUCCCCUUUUGUUUCCAAACUCAAACCUACUUCCCUCUUCACUUCUUCUUCUUCUUCUUCUUCUUCUUCCACUACGCCGCCACCACGGUCCACGAUGCUGCACCACGACCCUCUUGUCUCUGACAUCUACGCCACUGCCAUUUCCGGGGUUGUUGCGUUGUCCGCCCUCAGAUUGUGGGAAGAGACUGCAAAACGAGGCCUCUUCGACCAGAAACUAAAUAGGAAACUUGUACAUAUAAGCAUUGGGCUGUUAUUCAUGCUCUGCUGGCCACUAUUCAGUACUGACUAUUGGGCAUCAUUCUUUGCUGCUCUCAUUCCGGGAGUCAAUAUAAUUAAGAUGCUUGUUAUUGGACUUGGAAUAUGGAGAGAUGAAGCCACAGUGAGAUCAAUGAGCAGAUCUGGAGAUUACAGGGAAAUUCUUAAAGGACCACUGUAUUAUGCCGCAACUAUUACUUUGGCAGCCAUAAUAUACUGGAGAACUUCGCCAAUUUCCAUUGCUACAAUAUGUAAUCUGUGUGCAGGAGAUGGCAUGGCUGACAUUGUUGGAAGGCGAUUUGGUGACGAAAAGAUACCAUACAACAGAAACAAGUCCUUUGCCGGUUCAAUUGCAAUGGCAACUUUUGGAUUCUUAGCUUCUAUCGCGUAUAUGUGGUAUUUUUCCUCAUUUGGAUUUAUUGAGGGAAGCUGGAAAAUGGUACUAGGUUUUCUGUUUGUGUCUGUUGUCACAGCAUUUGUUGAGUCCCUUCCUAUCAGCACAGAAAUUGAUGACAACCUCACAGUUCCCCUCACUUCCAUAUUGGUGGGCGGUAUCAUAUUUUGAUAUGAAGCAUAUUGCAGUUAAACAAAUGAGGCACUAGGAAUCAGUUCUCUACAUCUUUCAAUCUAGGUAGAAAAUGUUUAUUCUGUACCUGUUAAAGUACUCUAGUCUUUUUUGUUAGAAAAACUGGCUGAUGCUUGCAGUGUAUGUUCACAAUCAAUAUUAUAAUGCAGACAGCACAAUUUUCUGUCUUGUGUUCUUUCUAUGAA